AUGGCGCCCAAGCUCAGAGACCCGUCGCUGCUCAAGCACGACGUGUGCUACAUCAAUGGCGAGUGGAAGCCUGCCAGGUCCGGCAAGACCUUCGAGGUCAAUGACCCGUCAUCCGGUGAGCUCGUCGGCACCUGCGCCGACUGCGACGUCGAGGACACCAAGUCGGCCAUCCGCGCCGCCGCCGACGCCUUCAAGACGUUCCGCACCACCACCGGCCGCGAGCGCGCAAAGAUGUUGCGCAAGUGGUACGACCUCAUGGUCGAGAACUCGGAGGACAUCGCCAAGCUCAUCACCUGGGAGAACGGCAAGCCCUUUGCCGACGCCAAGGGCGAGUCGGCGUACGCGGCCAACUUCUUCGAGUGGUUCAGCGAGGAGGCGCCCCGGAGCUACGGCGACACGAUCCCCGCCACCGUCCCCGGCAACAGAGUAUGGACUCUCAAGGAGCCCGUCGGCGUCUGCGGUCUCAUCACCCCGUGGAACUUCCCCGCUGCCAUGAUCACGAGAAAGGCUGGCGCUGCUCUGGCGGCCGGCUGCACCGUCGUCUGCAAGGCCCCCGGCGAGACGCCCUUCACUGCCCUUGCGCUCGCCGAGCUCGCCCACCGCGCGGGCAUCCCCAAAGGUGUCGUCAACAUCGUCACCACCCUGUCCAACACCCCGGCCAUCGGCGAGGCCCUCACGACCGACCCCGCCGUCAAGAAGGUUUCCUUCACCGGCUCGACCGCGGUCGGCAAGCUUCUCAUGAAGCAGUCUUCGAGCACACUCAAGAAGCUCUCCAUGGAGCUCGGCGGCAACGCACCCUUCAUCGUAUUCGACGAUGCCGACAUCGACCUUGCCGUCGCGGGCGCCAUCGCCUCCAAGUUCCGCUCCUCGGGCCAGACCUGCGUCUGCGCCAACCGCAUCUACGUGCAGGCCGGCAUCUACGAUGAGUUUGUGCGCAAGUUCGCCGAGAAGGUUCAGGGCUUCAAGGUCGGCCACGGAUUCUCCGACGGCGUCACCCACGGCCCUCUCAUCCACGACCGCGCCGUGUCCAAGGUCGAGGCCCACGUCAAGGAUGCCGAGAGCAAGGGCGGAAAGCUCGUCAUCGGUGGCCAGCGGAUGCCCGACCUGGGCUCCAACUUCUACCAGCCCACCGUCAUCCGCGACGCCACUCCCGAGAUGGCGAUUGCCUCGGAGGAGACGUUUGGCCCCGUGGCCGCGCUCUUCCCCUUUAAGACCGAGAAGGAGGUUGUCGACAUGGCGAACAAUGCCGAGGUCGGCCUGGCGGGAUACUUCUUCUCCCGCGACCUGCAGCGGGUGCAUCGCGUCGCGGAAGCGCUCGAGGUCGGCAUGGUGGGCAUCAACACGGGCAUCAUCUCCGACCCCGCGGCGCCGUUUGGAGGUGUCAAGGAGAGUGGCUUCGGCCGCGAGGGGUCCAAGUACGGUAUCGCUGACUACCAGAUCACCAAGAUGAUUACGUACGGAGGCAUGGGACAGCCGCUCCAGAGCUGA